UCCCUCUCUCUCUCUCUUCUUUGCACCUUUAUAAGCGAGACUUGUUCUCUCGCCUGCCCUGUUUCGUUUCGUCUCUCUCUCUCAAAUCCAUCGACGCCCCGAGAAGAGGAGGGAAAGAUCGAAAAGAUUGCGCCUUUGAUCCGGACUCAUUUUGGCGGCUCGGAUCUCACUCUGAUCGUACGGCGGAAAGGCGGGCGUGUCGGCAACUCUACGUCGGUAAUUCCUCAGGGAAUGGGGGUGAAGGAAUCGGCUUUCCCCCGUUUGUCUUCUAGUUCUCCCUGCGCGCAUACGGGCGUUUGAAUCGGGGGAGAACUUUGCUAUCGUCCUGCGUAAUUGAGUUGCUUCAACGAAGAGUAAGAAGAAAGAGGGAAAAGAAGAACAGUACGAUUCCUCUUCGAGCCGUUGCGUGCGACUAUUCCUUUCUUUAUUCUCUGUUUCAAGCUUUCUUGGGGAUCAUGGAGGCCAAUGGCCAAGGGAAAACACCAAGAGACUGCAAAAUUCGAGAAGAGAAUGGUGCCAAAUUUCAAAGUGAUUUUGGUGAACUUGAUCCAUGGACAGCUUGGGCUUACAAGCCCCGCACAAUAACUUUACUGUUCAUCGGAACAUGUUUAUUAGUUUGGGCAAGUGGAGCACUAGAUCCUGAAAGCACAGCAUCAACUGACAUCGUUACAUCAGUAAAGAGAGGUGUCUGGGCAAUGAUUGCAGUCUUUUUGGCCUAUUCCUUGCUGCAAGCACCUUCGACGGUCCUUAUAAGGCCUCAUCCUGCAAUUUGGCGCUUAGUUCAUGGAAUGGCUGUUGUGUACCUUGUGGCCCUAACAUUUUUGCUUUUCCAGAAUCGUGACGAUGCACGGCAGUUUAUGAAAUUUCUCCAUCCUGCUCUUGGAGUUGAAUUACCUGAAAGAUCAUAUGGAGCAGACUGUCGUAUUUUUGUCCCAGAGAAUCCCCAAAACAGGUUUAUCAAUGUUUAUAAUACAUUAUUUGAUGAGUUUGUUCUUGCUCAUAUUUUUGGAUGGUGGGGAAAGGCAAUAAUGAUACGAAACCAGCCCCUUCUAUGGGUGUUGUCAAUUGGCUUCGAAUUGAUGGAGUUUACUUUUCGCCAUAUGUUACCCAACUUCAAUGAGUGCUGGUGGGACAGUAUUAUUUUGGACAUCUUGAUCUGCAACUGGUUUGGUAUUUGGGCAGGAAUGCAUAGUGUUAGGUACUUCGAUGGAAAAACCUAUCAGUGGGUAGGCAUAAGCCGCCAACCAAACAUAAUUGGUAAGGUCAAACGAACAUUGGGCCAGUUUACACCUGCAAAAUGGGACAAAGAUGAGUGGCAUCCCUUGCUUGGACCAUUGAGAUUCAUUCAAGUGCUGUGCCUUUGUGUUGUUUUUAUGACCGUGGAGCUCAACACCUUUUUCCUCAAGUUUUGUCUAUGGGUUCCUCCUAGAAACCCCUUGAUUGUUUACAGAUUGGUGCUGUGGUGGCUAAUUGCUAUUCCAACUAUCCGUGAGUACAAUACAUACUUACAAGACAGGAAGCCUAUCAAGAAGGUUGGAGCAUUCUGUUGGCUUUCGCUAGCAAUAUGCAUAGUGGAGCUUCUAAUCUGUGUCAAAUUCGGCCAUGGUCUCUUCCUCAGCCCAAUGCCUCCAUGGCUGAUAACUUUCUGGACAACUGUCGGGAUCGCCCUAUUGGUGUGUCUAGUUGCUUGGACUUGGCAGAUUCAUCGAUUGGUUACGAAGAAGAGACGAUAAUCAUUUACAUGUAUUUUUUCCCUUCCUUUUGCCUCUGUAAAUACCUUGCAUUUGUAAAUGAACCAAUUGCUGCUCAGACUGGAAACCAGUCUGGCAAGUAGAAGCUUUUCUUUAAAACCAUGUUUCAUUGUUCU